GUCGCGCUCCCGCACGUUUAGUAGACACGGAACCCCUUGCGUCUUGCCAAGUGCUUUGGCUUCUUAAGCGGACCGGGAAUCCAGCCGGUCGAUGAGUUCAAUGCGCCCCAGGGAAGCGAGGGGGUGUCGGGAGGAGCCGGGCCCACGAGGACACCGCGCUGUAAGGUGGGCACCAACCUCACGGACAUCGUGGCCCACAGGAAGAUCACCAUCCGGGAGCUGGGCGGGUGCAUGGGCCCCAUCUGGUCCAGUUACUAUGGAGACUGCCGUUCCCUCCUGUUUAUGGUGGACGCCUCCAACCCCACCCAGCUCUCCGCAUCCUGCGCGCAGCUCCUGGGCCUCCUCGCUGCAGAGCCGCUCGCAGAAGCACAGGUCCUGAUCCUCUUCAAUAAAACUGACCUGUCCUGUUACAUGACCGUGGAGGAGAUGAAAUCGUUAAUCAGACUCCCAGACAUCGUUGCUUGUGCCACGCAGACCAUCACCGUGGCCGACAUCAGUGCCCGGACCGGCACGGGCUUGACCGAGGUGCUGCGCUGGCUCCAGGACACACACGGAGCCGGCCGGUGACUACUGGGCGGGGGCGUGGCCGGACCGCCCUAUGGGGCGGAGGCAGAGGGCAACCCAGCUUGGCCCCGAGGCUUGUGCCUAGGAAGAGGAGGACCCAGCGUAAACCUCGAAGGGGGGCUGCAGUGCCGCCGUGCAGUGAUCGAAAGCCGAGGCACCGACGUUGGGAUGAAGACUGUCCAGGGCUGGGGGAGCAGCACCGCUCCAGACCGGAGCACCCGGAGCAGCACGCGGGCAGGGCUCCGGCGGCAGGGAGGGGUCUGGUGGAGCGCGGGUGCCGCUGAGCUCAUGACAUCGGCACGUCCUGGGGUUACGCUUGAACGUACCUCUUUGGGCCACUAUUCCCCCUCCUGUGACUGGUAAGGAGCCGUCUGCCGAGUGUGGUGACACCUCAGGCUGUGCCGUGCUUCUGGCUGCACUGGUUUGCUUCGGCUCUUUGCUGUGCACGGCCCGUGCCACUGCUGGGCGCCACCUCCCAGACGCCACCGAGCAGCCCUGGACGCGGGCCAUCUCCACUCCUCAGUGGGGUCUCCGUUGAUUUCACAGGCAACUUGAGACCCAGAGGACUUUAGCAAAGCCUGGUUAAAGGCGUGAAGUGCUAGGACUCUGGGCUGUAAAUCAUCCAUUCUUCAGCUAAGGGCGACUCCCAGAAGGGGCCGCAGCAGGCAGGAAGCCCCCUUUUUCGCUGUAAACUUCUGAAUUAUGUAAACCACGCUCUCUGUGUUCAAAAAGUGAAUUAAAACAGCAAAGCAAAAGUGGCAACUUAAAGCCUAAAAACACAAACCAUCUUAACUGUAUCCAACUGGUACCCCAACCAGAGAGAACCUACGGUGCCAAUCCAACACCACUGGCCUGUCUGGUUGGAUGAGAAAACUGAAACCUUAAACCUCGUUCUGUACGUUUACGUUAGCACUGUUCAUAUUAGAGCUAUUUUAUGUUUGUUGGAGGAUAAAGUAUAUUUGUGAAACAUUCUCAGUAUAAGAUACAAAGAAAGAAAACAUAAAAUAUUAAAAUUUAAUAGCAAAUAUCAAUACAAACUCAGAAUUUUAGUUACAUGUAUAUACAUUUAAAAAAUUAUAUUCCUAA